UUGAUCACUGCCCUGUAACUCUCCCAAGCUCAAACUUUUCGUUUCGAUCUCAAAAUGAAGUUCACUCGUCCUCAACGGCCUCUCACAGUCUCCAAUUUUCAGUCAAAAGCAAGCGCUUUACCUCUAUCCAGAUCUGUUAAUCCAGAUAUUGACGACAAGAAAGAUAUUGAAUUCAUCAACACCCUCAAUAACAUUGUUCGAGGAAAACAGAGCUGGAAAAUUGCCUUAAACGACUCUUUCUUAUCAACCGCAUUGAAGCCUCACCACGUGGAGAAGAUCUUGAUGCUAACCCUUGACGAUUCCAGGUUAGCUUUAAGGUUCUUCAAUUUUCUAGGCCUGCACAAAAACUUCAACCACUCAACGACAUCGUUCUGUAUAUUAAUUCAUGGUUUGGUUCAAAGUAAUCUAUCUUGGCCCGCAAGCUCGCUCUUGCAAACGUUGCUUCUUCAGGGUUUAAGGCCAAAAGAAAUUUUUGAUGCUUUCUUAGAUUGUUAUCAGAAAUUUGGGUUUUCCUCAAGUUUGGGUUUCGACUUAUUGAUGCAAAGUUAUGUGCAAAAUAAGAGAGUUCUUGAUGCAGUUUUUAUAUUCAGGUUAAUGAGAGAGAAUAAUUUGUUGGCUGAAGUUAGGACUAUGAGCGGAAUUUUACACGGGCUUGUUAAAAUUAAAAAAUUUGGACUAGUAUUGGAAUUGUUUGAUGAGAUUGUUAAUAUGGGUUUAUUGGUUGAUAUUUAUGUAUACACUGCGGUGAUAAGGAGUCUGUGUGAAUUAAAAGAAUUUAUUAGAGCCAAGGAAAUGAUUUCUUGCCUGGAAUCAAAAGGAUUUGAUUUAAAUGUUGUCAUUUAUAAUGUCCUGAUUCAUGGACUUUGCAAGAGUCAAAGAGUUUUUGAGGCUGUUGAGGUGAAGAAUAACUUGAUAAAAAAAGGACUAAAAGCAGAUGUAAUCACAUAUUGUACGUUAGUCCUUGGAUGCUGCAAAGUGCAAGAGUUUGAGCUAGGUGAGGGUUUAAUGAAUGAAAUGAUUGCGUUGGGUUUCGUUCCAAGUGAAGAAGCUGUUUCAGGUCUUGUUGAGGGGUUGAGAAGGAAGGGAAAGAUCAAGGUUGCUUUUAAUUUGGUAAAUAAUGUGGGGAGAGUUGGGGCAGUGCCUAAUUUGUUUGUUUACAAUGCUUUGAUCAAUUCUCUGUGUAAAGAGAGAAAAUUUGAUGAAGCUGAGUCUCUCUUUAACGAAAUGGGACAGAGGGGUUUACGACCAAAUGAUGUUACUUAUAAUAUUUUGAUUGAUUCAUUAUGUAGAAGGGGAAAAAUGGAUGUUGCGGUUAGUUUUCUUGGUAAAAUGAUUAAUGAGGGAAUAAAGCUGACCAUCUAUCCCUACAAUUCUUUGAUAAAUGGACAUUGCAAGUUGGGAAAUUUGAAUGCAGCUAAAUCUUUUCUAGAUGAAGUGACUGAUAAAGGAUUGAAGCCCACGGUGAUAACUUACACAUCCUUAAUAAGUGGAUAUUGCAAUGAAGGAAAAUUACACAAGGCCUUUAGGCUUUAUCACAAGAUGACUGGGAAGGGCAUCACACCAAAUACUCACACUUACACUGCACUUAUUUCUGGUCUUUGUCAAGCAGAUAGGCUGGCUGAGGCAAUUACAUUGUUUAAUGAAAUGGUUGAACGUGAUGUCAUACCAAAUGAAGUGACUUAUAAUGUUAUGAUUGAAGGUUACUGUAAGAAAGGCAACAUGGUUAAGGCAUUUGAGUUGUUUGAUGAAAUGAUUGGAAAGGGCCUUCUACCAGAUACGUACACCUAUAGGCCACUAAUAUCAGGUCUUUGUUCUGCUGGUAGAGUGUCUGAAGCCAAAGAGUUCAUGGAUGACCUUCACAGAGAACAUCACAAGUUAAAUGAGAUGUGUUAUAGUGCAGUUCUGCAUGGUUAUUGCAAGGAAGGGAAACUAAAGGAUGCACUGGGUGCUUGUCGGGAGAUGAUGGAAAGAGGUGUGGACAUGGAUCUUGUGUGUUAUACUGUACUUAUAGAUGGAUCUUUAAAACAACAUGAUAAAAUGAGGUAUUUUGGUCUUUUGAAUGAGAUGAAUGACCAAGGGUUGAAGCCUGAUAAUGUAUUAUAUACGAGAAUGAUCGAUGGAAAUAGUAAAGCAGCUAAUCUGAAGGAGGCAUUUAGACUUUGGGAUGUAAUGGCUAGCGAUGAAUGCAUUCCAAAUGUUGUCACAUAUACUGCUCUUAUAAAUGGCUUAUGUAAGGCAGGAUUCAUGGAUCAAGCUGAGCUCCUAUGUAAGGAAAUGCUGGCUAGCGGUUCUCUUCCAAAUCAGGUGACAUAUGGCUGUUUUCUUGACUGCCUUAUAAAAGAAGGGAAAAUGGAGAAAGCUGUGCAGCUGCAUGAUGCAAUGCUUCAAGGACUUUUUGCAAACACUGUCACAUAUAACAUUCUCAUCCAUGGCUUUUGCAGAAUGGGGAAAUUUGAGGCGGCUACUGAGCUGCUGGGUGAAAUGGUGGACAAUGGUAUCCACCCUGAUUGUAUAACAUAUUCAACAGUGAUUUAUGAGUACUGUAGAAGGGGUAAUUUACAUGAUGCUCUUAAGUUAUGGGACUCCAUGCUGAAUAAAGGUCUUAAACCUGAUACAUUGGCAUAUAACUUUUUAAUAUAUGGUUGCUGUGUCAGAGGAGAACUCACCAAGGCUUUUGAAUUACGGGAUGAGAUGGUGAGAAGGGGUUUGAAGCCAAACCAAGUUACAUUUAAUGCCCUCAAUCAAUUGACUACCUCAACCUCAAGUAGUGAAAUGCAUCAGUGUUGUAUAUAAAACAGUUAUGUUUCCCUUAAACGCAGCAUGGUCUCAGUCGGCAAUUUUCACUUUGAUUUUCGAGACGACUGUUUUUAACCUUUUGACAGCCCUAUUUUAGGUUAGCUUAACCUUGUAAGGUAGAGGUAGAGAAGAUAGUGUCUGAUAAUGAUGAAUGAGGUCCCCGAACCAGCAUCAAGCUGAGAGAAUAGAAUCCUUUACCGAAAUUUGGAUCAUGUAACAAAGCCUUUGAAAGUUUGGGUAUCCAUUGAGCUAU